CCAGCGGCUCGCGCCCGAGCCAAGCAUUUGGCCGUCGCCGGCGUAAUGAGCGGACGGCAAAGAACCCUUUUUCAGGCGUGGGGCUCGAGCGUCUCCCGAUCUGCGGGUGCUCCGGGUCGCGGCUCUAGCACUGAGAGGCCUCGGAGACCUGGCAGCGCCAAGUCGCCUCUGGCUGCACCCGCAGAGGCUGCCGAGACGCCGCAGGAGCCCGACGACGACGCGUUUGUGGUCGCAGCGAACGAGGCUGAGCUGCAGCUGGGCCUGGAGCAUGGCGGGUUUUGCCAGGCAGCCGGCGCUUUGUGGAUCUACCCCAACAACUGUCCAGUGCGGGACUACCAGCUGCGCAUCGCCCGGACUGCCCUGUUCUGCAACACGCUCGUCUGUCUGCCCACCGGCCUGGGCAAGACCUUUAUUGCUGCCGUGGUCAUGUACAAUUUCUACCGCUGGUUCCCUUCAGGCAAGGUGGUCUUCAUGGCUCCCACGAAACCCCUGGUGGCGCAGCAGAUCGAGGCUUGCUACCGGGUGAUGGGUAUCCCGCAGUCUCACAUGGCGGAAAUGACCGGAACGACACAAGUUUUUGCGAGGAAGGAAAUAUGGCACAACAGAAGAGUCCUUUUUCUAACGCCUCAGGUCAUGGUGAAUGACCUUUCUCGAGGAGUUUGUCCUGCUGCUGAAAUAAAGUGCCUAAUUGUGGAUGAAGCUCACAAAGCCCUUGGAAACUAUGCUUAUUGUCAGGUUGUAAGGGAACUGGUCAAAUAUACGAAGCACUUUAGAAUCCUGGCUCUCAGUGCCACACCAGGUAGUGAUGUAAAGGCUGUGCAACAGGUGAUUACAAACCUACUAAUUGGGAAGAUAGAGCUUCGUUCUGAAGAUUCUCCAGAUAUUUUGCCAUACUCUCAUGAAAGACGAGUUGAAAAACUUGUUGUUCCCUUUGGUGAAGAACUUUCAGCAAUUCAAAAUACAUAUAUCCAGAUUUUGGAAACAUUUGCCGGUUCUUUGAUUCAGAGGAAUGUUUUAAUGAGAAGAAAUAUCCCCAACCUAACAAAAUACCAGCUAAUUCUGGCAAGAGAUCAAUUUAGGAAAAACCCAUCUCCAGAUAUUGUGGGAAUACAGCAAGGCAUAAUUGAAGGAGAAUUUGCCAUUUGUAUUAGUUUAUAUCAUGGUUAUGAAUUAUUACAGCAAAUGGGAAUGAAGUCAUUAUACUUAUUCCUCUGUGGAAUUAUGGAUGGAACUAAAGGAAUGACUCGGGCAAAAAACCAACUUAGCCGAAAUGAGGACUUCAUGAAACUGUAUCACCACCUUGAGAGCUUGUUUGCGCAUUCCAGCGGCACGUCAGCAGGCAGUGUUUCUGCUGUUCUGGAAGGAGAUAAAAAUGAGAAAUUUUUCUAUAGUCAUCCAAAGCUAAAAAAAUUAGAAGAAGUUGUAGUUGAACACUUCAAAUCGUGGAAUGCUCAUAAGACCUCUGAAAAGAAAUGUGACGAGAGCCGAGUUAUGAUCUUCUCAUCAUUUAGAGAUAGUGUUCAAGAAAUUGCAGAAAUGCUUUUUCAACAUCAGCCAAUUAUUAGAGUGAUGACUUUUGUCGGCCAUUCCUCAGGAAAAAGCAUGAAGGGUUUUACCCAGAAGGAGCAACUGGAGGUAGUGAAGCAGUUUCGAGAUGGUGGUUACAACACCUUAGUUUCUACCUGUGUCGGUGAAGAAGGCUUGGAUAUAGGAGAAGUUGAUCUUAUAGUAUGUUUUGAUGCCCAGAAGAGCCCAAUUCGUCUUAUACAACGAAUGGGUAGAACUGGCCGCAAACGUAAAGGCAGGAUUGUGGUUAUUCUCUCUGAAGGACGAGAAGAACAAACUUAUAAUCAAAGUCAGUCCAACAAAAGAAGUAUUUAUAGAGCUAUUUCAGGUAAUAGGCAGGUCCUUCAUUUUUACCAAGAAAGCCCACGGAUGGUUCCUGAAGGAGUCACUCCAGAACUACACAAAAUGUUCAUCACUCACAGUGUCUGUGAACCGGAGAAGCCUUUUCAGAACAUGCAGCGAAUGAAGCGAAGUAACUCAAAGCAAGAUUGGUUCUUAUCUGAAGAAGAAUUUCAACUAUGGAACAGACUUUAUAGGUUAAAAGACAGUGAUGAAAUUAAGGCGAUAACAUUGCCUCAAGCUUAUUUUUCUUCUCUAGGAAACGAGGAACUCAGCCCAGCUCAAGAACCAGCCAUUGGAAUUCGACAGCUCUCUCUCUCUGAAUGGAGAGUGUGGCAGGAUCAUCCUCUUCCUACCCAUCAAGUUGACCAUUCAGAUCGAUGCCAUCAUUUUAUAAGCAUUAUGCAAAUGAUAGAAGGGAUGAGACAUGAAGAGGGCGAAUGUAGCUAUGAGCUGGAAAUGAAAUCAUACUUACAAAUGGAAGAUGUUAGCGCCACAUGUAGUGUCCCCAGGACUGAAUAUAAUCCUUUUGCUGAUGGCACCUUCUGUAAGAACAAGAAGUCUUCAAAGGCUUUUGUAAAUCAAGGCAGUUCGUCCUUAGUGACAGAAUGUGAUGAAGGAUGUGCUCAAAAUUCUAAACAACCUCAUAUCAAACCCACUAAAAUUGUUUCUAUAAAGAACAGAGAUUUUAAAGAAAUGGUCAACGAUCAACUUAAAAAAGACCAUGAUGAUUUUGUUACUACUUUGACUACCAAAGGAAAUUCUACUGCCGAAGACACUUUUCAGGUAGACCUCCCAGGGAAUAAAACGUUUCCGAGUACAGAUGCUGAAGUCGCCUCCGCGAAUGCUGCCGGUGACGACGAUGUGAACCAGGCAGGGGCGUUCGUAACAGAGUGUCAGUUUGCAAAUAAGUCUCGUUCAUUUACAGGAGACUUUUCAGAUUCGGGGUAUAACAGUUUCAGCGAUGAAAAAUCUGUUUUGUCUGGUUUGUUUCUCCCAUUUGAAGAAGAGCUUUAUUUAGCUGGAGCAGAUGAUCCGUUUUCUCCGUGUCACUCAUUGACAAAAGAGGUGCUAUUUAAUGUAGAGCAGUUUUUAUCUCAUUCUCCUCCACCUCUCAGUGGACUCUCAAAUUUGGAACAUGAAAUCUCAAGGGAUUCUCUCCUCAAGAAUUCGCAUUUCCUACCCUCCACAGAGCAUUUACAAAAUGAUAAAUCUAUCUGUUUGAUGUCACCUUCAGCCGUGAAUUCUCAAUGGAAUUUAGAAUUGAAUUCACUAAAUUUACCCGCCUCAAAUGUGACUCACCUUUCUGAAACAAGUUGCCAUCAUGGUAUAGGUAAUGAUAAAAUUUAUAAUGUGUCAAAUUGCUCUGACGAUGACAGUGACGUACAUAGAGAUGUUAAAGAUGAAAAUUUAGUGCCGAACAAUCAUGCUGAAAGAAACAUAGUCCCUUCAAGGAAUUCAGUUAAAGAAAAGAAUCAUGAUAAUGAUAGCAGUGAUGUCCCAGUAUUGUCCGCUGAUCAGAACGAGAGCUUGCUGUUGUUUGACGAGGUCAACACGGAAUUUAACGACACGAACGUUUCUCCCUGUCACAGCCGAUACAAACCUGUAUGCACGACAGACAAAACUGAUGCAAGUGAAACGGCGUUCAUAUCUCAGUUCUUAAUUUCUGAUGAACUUUUGUCAGACACUAAUUCUGAGUCCCAAGAUCAGAUUGUGUGUGAUAAUAGUAAUUGGAAAUAUCAUGAAGGUGUAAGAGGUAUACAGGAGGCAAAACAGAAGAAUGCGGAGUCUGUUUUUGACUGCUCUAUGGAUUUAUUCUCUAUUACGUUUGAUUUAGGGUUUUGUAGCCAAGAUUCUGAUGAGAUACCAGGACAUUUACCAGAUGAAAAUAAGAAUGAAUUUCUAAAUGAUCGACCUGGAAGAUUUUUAGGUACUAAGGAGAAAAGUGAUGCAAAUUAUGUUCCAAGUCAAGCAUUAAUACCAGAUCAUACUGAAAGUUUUAGAAAUGAAACCACUCCCAUCCCAUCAGGUGGAGAUAAGCAGAGUCCAAAAUUUGCACUUUUUCCAGUGGCAGCCAAAAGCACAGAAUUUGCAUCUCCUGGUUAUUCUCAGUUUUCUUUGCCGGUAGGAGAAAAAUCAGUGAGUACACCGCUACCCAAGUCACAUGCGUUAAGCUCAUUUUCUAAGAUGAGAGAGGAAAUACAUAAAACACCAAAUUUUACUAAAGUAAAAGCAAAACGACAACAUUUCAAAGAAACAUUGAAUUCAAACUUUGACUCAAGACUGUCUCCAGUAAAAGGGAAGAGUAGGGGACAAAUCAGUCAGCACCCAUCCCAUCACUGUUCUGUUGAAGAUGAACAAUUAUUAACAAGCAAUGAAAGUGAAGAUGAUGAGAAUUUCCAAAGGAAAAGUAAAAAAAAAAAAAGAAAUGUUUUGAAAUCCCCUGAGAAAAAUUGCGAUGCUGAUUCUCCACUUCAUGUUACCAAAAAGCGCAGAGUUCCUCCAAUUAGAUCAGAAUUGUCAUCUAGUGAUGAGAGUGAAAGUUCUCUCAAACUGCAUCCCCAUUUAGAAGAUGUCAAGGGUCGAAACAGGAAUCCGAAAAGAGAUGUUGGAGUUCAGAAAGGACACAAGCACUUCAAGCAUGUAGCUAGACAGUUUUUAGAUGAUGAAGCAGAACUUUCCCAAGAAGAUGCAAGUUGUGUGUCUUCAGAUGAAAAUGACGAGUCAGAAAAUGGACAAGAUGCCUCGUUGCUCCAUUUCUUAAAUGACGAGACCCAACUCUCACAGGCUAUUAAUGAUUCUGAAAUGAGAGCUUUUUAUGUGAAAUCUUUACACAGUCCCGUGAUGAACAAUUGCUAUAAGAUGGUCCAUAAGACACAUAACAAAAUAAACAUUUUCUCACAGAUUCCAGAGCAAGAUGAAACUUAUAUGGAGGACAGUUUUUGUGUUGAUGAAGAGGAGUCUAGCAAAAGCCAAUCAAGUGAAGAAGAAAUGUGUGUUGAUUUUAAUUUAAUAACUGAAGAUUGCUUUCCAAGUGGAUGUAAAAGAUACAAAACCCGACAGGCAGUAAUGCUUAAACAAAGGAAGAUUCAACAAAAUUGUACACGUGCUACAAAGAAAUUUUCCAGAAUUAUUUUACCAGAUGAAUCAAGUGAGGAGGAAAAUAAUGGAAAUAUUCAAAGUAGUUCCAAUAUUGUGGUUAACCCCAGCACAGUCAACAAGAAUGAACAAAAGGACCAUUGUUUGAAUUUGGUGCCUUCUGCAUCAUUAUUUCAAUCCAAGGUACAUUCUAAUCCAAUUGAUAAUCAAUCAACCAAGCAGCGACAACAGACAUCACUUAACAUCAAUUCUACAAUUUCUAAAGUCUUAGACUCCAAACUUCAGAGUGUUAAUAUAAUAGGGUCUUCUUCAUCGUCUUUCACUACUGUUGAUUCACAGAAAGGCUGUAGAAAUGUUCCAGUUCAGCUGAAGGUUGGGAGCCCUCUGGAGGAAUCUAGCACUUCUGUGGCAUGUUGUUCCAGUUCAAGACCAUGUUUGGCUGAGCCACAUAAUUCUUUUCACCUUCCACAGGAAAGGAAAAGAACACAUAUUCUUGUAGAUAGUCGUGAAAUCACUUCUGGCUCAGAAGUAAUUUCUUCCUUAAGAGCAAUUCAUGGUUUAGAAGUAGAAGUUUGUCCUCUUAAUGGUUGUGAUUACAUAGUGAGUAACCGCAUGGUGGUGGAAAGGAGGUCGAAAUCUGAGAUGUUAAAUAUCAAUAAGAACAAAUUCAUUGACCAGAUCCAGCACCUGCAGAGCAUGUUUGAGAGAAUAUGUAUGAUUGUGGAAAAGGACAGAGCAAAACCAGGAGACACCUCCAGGAUGUUUAGAAGAACAAAGAGUUACGAUAGCCUGCUGACUGCCUUGAUUAGUGCUGGAAUCCGAAUUCUUUUCAGUUCCUGUCCAGAAGAAACUGCAGAGUUGCUAAAGGAACUGUCUUUAUUGGAACAGAGGAAGAAUGUUGGUAUUCAGGUUCCAACAGUAGUAAAUGCAAACAGUCAUAAAUGGGACGCACUUCAGUUUUAUCUAAGUAUUCCCAAUAUAAGUUAUAUAACUGCACUGAAUAUGUGCCACCAGUUUCCAUCUGUGAAAAAAAUGGUUAACAGCUCACCUCAAGAACUCUCCAUGUGUGCACAAGUAACUCAUCAAAAGGCUGAGGAGAUACAUAGCUAUAUUCACUAUUCAUUUGACUUGCAAAUGUUGCCAAAGCCUUAAGCCAUUUAACUGGAAUCCGUGUAUGAACAGGCUCCCAAGAUGAUCAACUUCAGGAACCAUUGUUGCUUAAUGAUCGUCAGUUUAAAAUAUUUUAAAUACUAAUAUUUCUACACCUCCAAAAGAUAUAUAGUGUAUGUUUUUAUUUAUAUAAUUUAUUUGAGAAAACAUUUCUGUUCAGUAACCAUUUUGAUGUUAACUAGUUUAUGAAAUAGUGUUUUGUAUUGAAUAAAAGUUUAUCAAAAUGCUA